CAAACAUAUCAUUCAAUACUUACCAAUUUAUAUAACCAUCUGUUAAAUUUUAAUUCUUCUGCUUCCAAUUCUACGCAUCCCAUCUUCAAUCAUGCUUACUUCAAUUAAAAGCUUAGUCUUAUUUGUGAUCAUGACUUAUUCCGUAUCUGCAAUGACUGUGGCAGUUUCCAAUUGUCGACAACCCGGCGCGGUGACCAUUGAGGACUGUACCAAUGCCUUGUCUACCUAUCACACAGACCACCAUGGCUUCGUCAGUCAAGACAAACCCGACAAUCAAAAAUCAUGUGGUUCAUGUCAGAUUCAUGUUUACACCGGCAAUGGUGAAAACCUCAAGUUCUCGAUGGAAGGCGCACAAGCAGCCUUAGAUAGGGUGUUGAGGACUUGUGGAAAUGGGUAUGGAGCAAUGGCUAUCCCUGAGACGAGUUAUGAUCACCAUUUAGUUCCUACAGUUCUUUCAGUUGAAAAGGGAUCUGGUAGACAUUGUGAUACUCACGGAGAUUUCUAGAGAACUCGGAAUAUAUACUACUUAGUUACCUUGUCAUGUCUUUCAUUGUUUUUGGACAAUUUUUCUUUUUACAUACGUGAAUUUUCACAUUUCUGUUCUUGUAGCAAACUCCAUAUUCAUGAAAUUCUCUGUUUCCUGUUCUUUGAUAUAGUGUAUAGAAAGAAUCAAGUUUGUCAAUU